AGAUGUCGGCGGAAUUCGAGCUGUGCCCCGGUAGGGCGGUCGGCGGCGACCAGCCGUGUUUCAUCAUCGCUGAGAUCGGCCAGAACCACCAGGGCAGUAUGGACGUCGCCAAACAGAUGAUCCGCAUGGCCAAGGAAUGUGGUGCAGACUGUGCAAAGUUCCAAAAUAGUGAAUUGGAAUACAAGUUUAACACGAAAGCGUUAGAAAAGCCUUACAAUUCCCCGCACUCAUGGGGACCCACAUAUGGAGAUCGCAAGCGCUACCUGGAGUUCAGUCAUGAGCAAUAUAAGGAGCUCUCCAAAUUUGCAGAAGAAGUUGGAAUCUUUUUCACAGCAUCUGGAAUGGAUGAGAUGGCUGUUGAAUUUCUUCAUGAAUUGAAUGUGCCUUUCUUCAAAGUUGGGUCAUUGGACACCAAUAACUUCCCAUAUUUGGAAAAAGCUGCCAAGAAAGGUCGUCCAAUGGUGAUCUCCAGUGGAAUGCAGAGCAUGGAAACAAUGAGAAAGGUUUACAACACUGUCAAACCCAUCAAUAAUAAGUUUUGCUUUAUCCAGUGCACCAGUGCAUACCCACUGGAGCCAGAGGACACUCACCUCCGUGUCAUCACUGAAUACAAAAAAGAAUUUCCAGAUGUUCCAAUAGGAUACUCUGGCCAUGAAACUGGGAUUGCUAUAAGCAUAGCAGCAGUGGCAAUGGGAGCUAAAGUUCUGGAACGUCACGUGACCAUGGAUAAAACCUGGAAGGGUAAUGAUCACCAAGCUUCCCUGGAGCCCAGUGAACUGCAGGAACUUGUUCGCUCGAUCCGAAUUGUGAAAAAAGCAUUUGGAUCUCCCAUCAAGCGUUUGCUCCCAUGUGAGAUGGCCUGCCACAACAAGUUGGGCAAAUCUUUCGUGGCCAAAGUGACUAUUCCUGCAGGAACAAAACUGACUCUGGAUAUGAUGACUGUGAAGGUGGCAGAGCCUAAAGGCAUUGAGCCGGAUGACAUCUAUAAACUGGUUGGGAAGCAAGUUAACAUCAAUAUUGAUGAAACAAUUACAUGUGACAUGAUUGCAAAUUAA